AUGACUCAGGGUAGUCCUUGUAAUACCGAUUUUUUCAAUUGCAUUGAUUGGACACAAACUCGUCGAUCGGGUUAUCAAAUUGGGGCUAAUGAGCCAGAUGCACCUCAGUACAAGUACAGAAGAAGUGGUACGUAUAGUAGUGAUGGCGAACAAACUGGUAAUAAAGCUCCUACGGAUAAGAGAACAAAAUCGCGAAGUGUAGCCGCGACUGAUCGAUUAAAAUCAUUGAAAAAUAAAGCAAACGAAUCGAAAUUAACACCGUUCGAAAAAAAUAAUAAAAACGUCAGUGAUUUUGCUAUUCAAUCAGCAACGCAAUCAGGACGCAAAUCGUCAACAUCGAAACUAAAAUCGUCUUUGUCGUCACCAACAAUGAGCAUGCUUGGAGAUAGAACACUGCAGUCAAAAUCCAGGGAAAAAACUAGUCUCCAACAAUCUGAAGAAAUACCAGUGGCAGCAUGGUAUCAAGUGACAACUGGACAAACGCUUGGCGAAGGUGGCUUGUAUGCAAUACAUGAAUAUUUUAGCGGAAAAGUAGUGAAAGGAACAUACAACGGACGCACAGUUGCAAUAAAGAUUCCAUUAAGACUAGAAGAUUUUAAUGAAGCAUUAAAUGAGUUUCAAAAACUCAGAAAUUUUGUGCAUAGGAAUGUUGUUGAAGCGAUAGCGUAUUGCAAAACUCCUCCUAUGUUAAUCAUGGAGUAUAUGGAGGGUGGCACGUUGUACGGUUGGUUGCAUAAUGGAGAAAACAAGACUAGAAAAAUAAAUUGGUAUCAAGGAAUGUCACUGCUACUGGAUAUUGCACAUGGUGUUAAACUUUUACAUGAUUCGAAUUUGUUGCAUGGCGAUUUGUCCAGUAACAAUGUUCUUUUAACAAGUGAUCAUGAAACAGCAAAAAUUUCAGAUUUUGGUACUGUACAACUGGUAGAGAAAUAUAUCAAUGCCUCUCUCGCCGGUCAAGUGGACGAGGCGAUAGAUGGAUGUCACCUCAGAGAUUUCGGUAUUACAGUUCUAACGUCGUACGGCUGUAUAUUAAUGGAAUUCUUGUCCCAACCACGACGAAUACCAUUUUAUGAAGCGAAUACAACUAUUCUAAUGAAUAAAUUAGAGAGUUAUACAGAAGGUGAUAUCAGAGAUUUGGGUAUUCCACUAGAUCAAACAUCACCUCCAGAAUUAGAAGAGUUAAUGUAUAAUUGUUUGAAAGCAAAACGAACAGAUCGUCCAGACUAUGGUAAGAUAUGUGAUAUACUUGAGCCAAUUUUAGAGAGUAUUAAAACAUCCUCAGCAUACCUGACAUCAAGAAAAACAGGCGCAAAAAGUGCAAAAACAUCAUCAAAGAGCACAAAGAGAAUGGGUGGACAUAGUAAAGGUGGAAGAGGAACAGAUCAGAAAUGGAAAUGA